AUGAUGCGCAUCGUUUGCCCGAACUGCGGCGAGGAGCCACAGAAGGGGCAGAGGCACGUCUGCAAGCCUGCAGGCGCUGUGGAUGAUGGCCCUGGGCCCCCGGAGAAGAGCCGGGCCUCCAUGCCCUUGAGGCGUACGGUGCCCUGUGCGACCGCCGGUUCCAUGUGUGCCUCCAUCGCCUCCCUGGCAUCGAAGAACCCGGGCCUCUGGAAGUCCAGCCGGACUUUGGCCAGGUGUGGCGGGGAGGACUUUGUGGCCGCCCUCAUCUUCACAGCGGCGGGGCUGCCAACCUGGAUCCUUCGGCGCAAGUGUGUAGAGCUUCGUAGGGCUGAGCAGGGCUUUCAGUGCUCAGUGACUUGGAGGAUUCAGUAUCUGAGGUUGAGUUGGGGAACCCUAACCCAAAAAACCCUAGCCUCCAAACCCCUGAAAUUGAGCCUCUGCCCCCGAAAAACCCUUGAAAUUGUCAAUUCCCUGUAUAGACCCCUCGACCUCCCAGCCCGAAGCAUCCAAGGAGCAGAGACCCCAAGCGGACGCUGA